AUGGAAGCAUAUCAAAUUCUUAGACUCUCUAUAGCAAAAAAAAACGAAGACAUAAAUGGAAUAAUAGGCUCAUGCCCAAAUAUAGUAUAUCUAAAUUUUAAUGCUACACGUAAACUAGCUAUUAGUGAAACUGCAAUUAUUAAUAUAGCACAUUCAUAUCCAAAUAUAUUAAGGCUAGAUCUUCUUGAAUGUAGUUUUAUUACUGAUACUGCUAUUAAAGAAAUAGCAAAAUCAUGUCCAAGAUUAGAGCAUCUCAACCUUGGAGUAUGUGACCUAAUCAGUGAAGAUACUAUAUGCAUUAUUGCACGUUCAUGCCGAAACCUUAGGUAUCUAGAUUUAAUGCAAUGUUUUAUUAAUAAUAGAGAUAUUAAAAAAAUAGUGAAAUCAUAUCAUAAAUUAGAGCAUCUUGAUAUAUAUGGCUGUGAUGGUGUUGCUGAUUCGGGUAUUUGUGACAUUGCACGAUUAUGUCUUAAACUCAAAUAUCUAGACCUCGGUAAUAGCAUGAUUGGUAAUUCAGCAAUCAGAGAAAUUGCUCGAUCAUGUCAUAAUCUAAAAUUCCUUGGCCUAGAGGCCUGUAAAGGUAUUAGCAGAAAUAUAUUAGAAAAUCUUGAUCAGAAUAUCAAGAUAGAAUAG